AUGAUCCGCUGGCCGAGAGUAUCUAGUGCAGUCGAAUACAGUAACGCAGCAUCUUUCUGGGUGGAGUCAUCCGAUCUUGUUGAUAUCUCUCGCACUCAACACGUUGCCAAGCGUUCUCACCCUGGUCCCCCCCUGUGCUCCACCCAACUCGAGGUAGCUGUCGACAGCGAUCGCGUCAUCAGGGCCAACAGAACUGCCACCGCAGCUGCAGUUGUCGGCAUGCAGAAGUACCUCGUCUUUCAAUAG